AUGAGGGCAGCUCUGACCCUGCUGCUGCUUGUAGCUCUUGCAUGUGCUGAGCACCGAGGGAGACCUUAUGUCCGGGACAAAGUCUGCCAGGAGUUCAAGACCCUGGGGAAGGAGGACUUCCAAACCCUGACCCUCAUUGCCAACAGCAGGAAAUAUUCCAAUGCCACCUUUGAGGAGAUCAACCACCUCAUCCGCGAAAUCGUCUCCCUGGCUGAAACCUGCUGUGCUGCAGGUGCCGACCCCUCCUGCUACGAUGCCGGGUCCUCAGCCCUGUCAGCCAAAUCCUGCAGGAGCGACUCUCCCUUCCCGCCUCACCCCGGCACGCCAGGCUGCUGCACACAGGAGGGGCUGGAGCAGAAGCUGUGCCUAGCCGCCCUGAGGCACCCGCCCCAGCAGCUGCCCCGCUAUCUCCAGCCCUCCAAUGAAGAGCUCUGCCAGGCCUUCAAGAAGGACCCCAAGGACUUUGCAGACAGGUUUCUGCAUGAAUACGCCAGCAGCUACGGUGAGGCUCCUUUGCCCGUGCUCCUGGGCUCCACCAGGCGCUUCCUCUCCAUGGUCUCCACCUGCUGCAUCUCCCUGACACCCACCUCUUGCUUCCUGAAGGAGAAACUGGAAGGGAAAACCCUCUCCCUCCUCACCCUGAUGUCCAACCGGGUUUGCUCCCGCUUCAUGGCACAUGGAAAGGACAUGGUCACUCUCAGCUACCUCACCUCACUGGCUCAGAAGAUGCCUGGUGCUUCCUUCGAGGACCUCUUCCCCCUGGCAGAAGGUGCCGCCGAGGUGUUUUCCCAGUGCUGUGACUCGACAGCUGAGGACUGCAUGCAGAGGAAGCUGUCGGAGCAUGUGGCCAAAGCUUGCGGUGCGCUGUCAGCCCGAGACCAAAGAUUUGCCGAGUGCUGCAAGGGCAAAAACUUCAUGGAAAACUAUUUCUGCAUCUCGACCCUGCCUCCAGUGUCUGUCCCCAAACUGCCUGAGGUGCAGAGGCCGACCAACAAGCAACUGUGUGGUGAGGAGGGGGCUCAUCAUGCCAAGAGGUACCUGUUUGAGCUGGCGCGGAGACACACCAGCCUCCCCGAUGCCUUCCUCACCAAGCUCUACGAUGCCUCCAAGAAGGUCCGGGAGGAGUGCUGCUCUGCCAAGGAUACCUCUGCCUGCCUGGACAGCAAGCGCCAGCAGGUGGGAGAGUUGCUGCCCACGUUCCUGGAAAAGGCUAACCAGUUCUGCAGGCAGUACAAUGAGUUAAACUUCCUCGACUUCAAGAAGAGGCUGCGGGAGAGCUUGACACAGAGGAUGCCAGAGGCCAGCCCUGAGCUGCUGGGGCAGCGAGUGGAGCAGCAAGCUGACUUUGCCUCCACCUGCUGCCCCCACAACUCGCCUCCCCUCUACUGCACCUCCAAGGUAAAUAGUAUCCUUAGGAAUAUACUUUGA